AUGAAGAACCUCAUCACUUACACUCUGGCGGCCACGCUUGCCGCCGGUGCCACCGCUCAGCACCACCAGCACCAGCACAUGCACGCCCGCCGCCACGCUGGUUCCAAGGUUGAGAAGCGCGAGCCUGACGUUAUCACCGAGUACGUUGUCGCCGCCACUGAGACAGUCUACGAGCUCGGCGGAGAGCAGAUCGACAUCAAGGACGCCAAGGCCGGUCUUAACGGAGGCAACCUCGUCGUUGUUGGCGAGUCUAACCCCACCUACGCUGCCCCCGUUGCCGCUGUGACUGCUGCCGCUGUUCCUGAGAAGGUUGCUCAACCCAAGAAGGAGGUCGGCGCCCAGUUCUACGAGUCCAAGACUGUUGAGAUCCCUACCACCGUCGCCGAGCCUGUCUACGAGACUCCCGUCACCAAGGCCUCCCAGGCUCCUAAGGCCUCCACACCCAAGGCUUCCAAGCCCAAGACCGGAGGUUCCAGCUCUGGCUUCAACGGCGCUGGCACCGGUGUCGACAAGACCUUCGAGAGUGGUGUAGUCGACUGCGACACCUUCCCGUCCGAGUACGGUGCUGUUGCCCUUGAGUGGCUCGGAAUGGACGGAUGGUCUGGCAUUCAGUAUGUCCCUGACUUCACCUUCGCCUCCAAGGUCAUCUCUCAGAUCGACACUGCCAUCAACGGCGAUGGCUGCCGGCCAGGUGCUAUGUGCUCAUACGCCUGCCCCGUUGGAUACCAGAAGACCCAGUGGCCCGCCGCUCAGGGUGCUUCCAAGGAGUCUAUUGGUGGUCUCUACUGCAACAAGAACGGCAAGCUUGAGCUGACCCGUGACGGUUACGACACCCUUUGCGAGUCCGGAAUGGGAGGUGUCUCCAUCCAGAACGAUCUUGACGAGGAUGUUGUCACCUGCCGAACCGAUUACCCUGGAACUGAGAACAUGGUUAUCCCCGCUGUUGCCAAGGCUGGCAGCUCCGUCAGCGUUUGCAACCCUAACCAGAAGAAGUACUACAACUGGAACGGCAGCGGCACCUCCGCUCAGUACUACGUCAACAAGAAGGGCUACAGCGUUGAGGAUGCUUGUGUCUGGGACAGCCCCAAGGGUAAGGAUGCCGGUAACUGGUCUCCUGUUGUCCUUGGUGUUGGCCAGGCUGAAGAUGGCAACACCUACAUCUCUAUCUUCCAGAACUCUCCCACUAGCACUGCCAAGCUCGACUUCAACAUUGAGAUCAAGCUCAAUGGACAGGAAGAGUGCGAGUGCUCCUACAUCGACGGCGUGUGGAGCAAGGGCGGAGACGGUUGCACUGCUACCCUCCUCAAGGGUGGCAAGGCUGUUGUCCGAUACUUCUAA